AUGGCAGCAAUCAACAGCGCGAAACAUGAAGUGACAGGAGUUAGUCCACAUUUUGCGAACUUUGGGAGAGAUCUUCUGCUUCACACGGACCUUUACGCGCAAGCAGAGAUGAAUACUCCAGAAGACCCAAAGAUCGCUCGAGAGAUGCGCCUAUCAACAUUGAAGAGGAUUCAUGAAUUCGUCUUGCAAAGGAUAAAGAAAAAUCACGAGAAGUCUAAGCAGCGUUACAACUUACGCACUCGUCAAGUCGACUUCAAGAUCGGAGACCUGGUUUGGAGACGCACAUUUACCCAAUCCUCCAAGGCAGACCAAGUGAAUAAAAAGCUGGACCCAAAAUUCGUACCAGCCAUGGUGAAACAGAUGAUAGGGAAGAACAUCUACGUGUUGGAAGACGUAGCAGAUGGCAAGCAAGGUCGCUAUCAUGCAAAGGAUAUAAAGGCGGAUUAA